AUGUUUAAAAGAAAGACUACAAAAUAUCUUGAUGAACUUGAAUCUUCUGUAAAAAAGUUAUGUGAGAUCGUACGUGAUGAAAAAGAAUAUGUGUUUGAUAAAGGAAAUAUGACUGAAGCAGAAAGAAUUAUAAUUGAAGAAGAAAUCGAUGAUACUUUUCAGAUUGUUAGACAUGAAUUUCAACCAGAUUUUGAUAAAAGAAUUGAACAAGAAUCUUUUAAACGUUUAAAAAGAAGUUAUCCAUUUAAUUUUUGCAAGACAUUUAAAAGACAAAAAGUUGAUCCAAAA